AUGGCGGAAAUUGCUCGUUUGUUUCGCGAAAAGCUCUUGGUAGGCGAAAAACCCGCUACGGAUGCCAGUCAGGGCUCGACUCCUGUCCAGAGUUCAGCUCCGGUCAGCAAGCGUCGCAGUCGCAGCAGAAUACGCAAGGCGGCACCAGGAGCACCUUUACUGUCUAGCGGAGAGUCCGAGGCCAAUCUGGAUCAUCCGAUAAAUCGUCGUCGUCGUGGCACCAAAUCGCGUUCGCGUAGUGCCAGCUUAGGCGCCUCCUUGGCUCGCCGUCGUGCUAAAUCGAAAAAGGAGGGACGCAUGACCGAUCCGGUGGCUCUGUAUCAGUACUACCAGAACGAGUGGGACCACUUUCGCAAGCAGAUACCGGGCAAAAAGAAUUCCCGCUGCGGCGUACGCCACUAG